AUGGCGGACGCAGUGGCUUCGUACGACCAGCUGGCGCACCAGGUGGAGGCGCUACGGCAGGAGAACUCCCACCUGCGGAGGGAGCUCAAGGACAACUGCCACCACCUGAGCCAGCUGGAGACCGAGACCUUUGGCAUGAAAGAGGUGCUGAAGCAGCUGCAGCACAAACUGGAGCAAGAGGCUGUGACUUUAGCUUCAUCUGGAAGAAGUGACGUCCUCCACCAGCUCAAAGAGCUGCACAUGGACCUCACAAACUACUAUGAGCUCAAACACCAGCCGCACAACCUGCGAGCGAUGGGGGCGGAGUUUGGAGGCCAGGGGGCGGGGUAUGGAGGAAAAGGGGUUGGGCUCGAGCUGGCUCUGCCCCCCUCCUCCUCUCUGUCGUCACGGAAACCCCCCGACGAUGACCUCAUGCUGGCGCACCACUUCCUGGAUGGAGCUCCGCCCAAAAUCGCAGUGAUGGGCGGAGCCGACGGACGAGCGAGCGAGAGGCUGGACGAGCUCUACAAGGAGAGGGACCUGCUCCUGGGGCAGAUGGACCAGGAGGAGAGGGAGCGCUGCUGGUUCUUCACACAACUGGAGGCUCUGACGCAGAGACUGACACAACUGCCACGAAUCGACACCUUCUCUCUGCAGAUGGACCAAAUCCGGAACCAGUUAGAGUUCGAGGUGCAGCAGGUCCGGUCUGUGAUGGAGGACCGCUUUGGAACCCAAGACCAGGUGGUCCAACGCACCCAGAUGAGAGCGUCUCGUUUGGACCAGUUGGAGAGAGAGCUGCACGAGGCCCGAGGAUCACAGGAGGCUCAGCUGCAGCAGACUCGAACGAACACGAAGUGGAACGUGAAGUUUAAUAUUCAGGAGAGAAGUGCUGAUAUUGACACCAGAUCUUAUACCCACCACUUCUACUUUGGUAGCUUCAAUCAGGGGACCAAUAAUCAAGACUCAAAGAAGGAGAAAGAUUAG